GAUGCGCAUGCGCACGAUCCUGCUCGACACCACCAUCUGACAGACGGUUUUAUUUGGAAAAUUAGCCGUGUAAACAUCAAUAUUGUGACAUGAUUCCGAUUAAAAUGUCUCACAAAGUCAACACUACACCUUCCUGAGAUCUAAUGAUGAUAGAAGACGUGUUUUAAUCAGCAGCAGGGUCGAUGGAGAGACUUUAACGUCAGAUUGAACCCCUGAGGUGAAACUGACUAGAUGAAUCAUGCCUGGAAAAUUAAAGGCGAAGAUUGUUGCGGGACGGCAUCUGCCCGUCAUGGACCGUGCAAGCGACCUUACCGAUGCCUUCGUAGAGGUGAAGUUUGGAAACACAACAUUUAAAACUGAAGUCUACCCCAAGUCCCUGAACCCUCAGUGGAAUUCAGAGUGGUUUAAGUUUGAGGUGGAUGAUGAGGAUCUGCAGGACGAGCCAUUGCAGAUAACAGUUCUUGACCAUGACACGUACAGCGCUAAUGAUGCCAUAGGAAAGGUGUACAUUGACAUUGAUCCACUACUUUGCAGUGAAGCUGCUACUGUCAUCUCCGGUUGGCUUCCCAUCUAUGACACUAUACAUGGUAUAAGAGGGGAAAUCAAUGUGCUGGUGAAGGUUGAUCUCUUCAAUGAUCUGAACCGCUUUAGGCAGUCGUCAUGUGGGAUUAAAUUCUUCUGUACAACCUCUGUUCCCCGAUGUUACCGGGCUGUAAGUCAUGGCUUUGUAGAGGAGCUUGUGGUUAAUGAGGAUCCAGAGUACCAGUGGAUCGACCGCAUCAGAACUCCUCGUGCAUCUAAUGAGGCCCGACAGAGACUAAUCUUUCUCAUGUCAGGUGAACUGCAGAGAAAGAUUGGUCUGAAGGUGCUGGAGAUGGGAGGGAACGCAGUGGUGGGGUACCUGCAAUGCUUUGAUCUGGAAGGAGAAUCGGGCCUCGUGGUCCGUGCCAUCGGGACAGCCUGCACACUGGAGAAAAUCAGCACACUUCCUUCCACGGCCAUACAACCCAGUAACUCUUCUCCUUCAAAAGACAUAAAAGAGCCAGUUUUUGGGGAGGAGGCCCCAGGUGUCCCGUUAUCCUCAGGACCCCCCACACCUCUGAGAGCACAAACCUUCUCCUCCUUCUCCCCCUCCAAGUCCUACAGCCGCCAGUCCUCCUCCUCCGACACCGAGCUCAGCCUCACCCCCAAAACCGGAAUGGGCAGUGGGGGCAGCGCAGGGAAGGAGGCGGGGCCUCUUAAAGCUCUUCUGCGUCAGCAGACCCAAUCAGCACUGGAGCAGAGAGAAUACCCUUUCUUCACUUUGACCUCCUUCCCUCCUGGAUUUCUCCUUCACGUAGGGGGUGUGGUCAGUGCCCGCUCAGUGAAGCUUCUAGAUCGAAUCCAUAACCCAGAUGAGCCGGAGACACGAGACGCUUGGUGGGAGGAGAUCCGUCAGGAAAUUAAGUCUCACGUCAAAGCUCUGGGCUGCCACGCUGUGGUGGGGUACAGCGAAUCCACCAGCAUCUGUGAGGAGGUCUGCAUUCUGUCUGCAUCCGGCACAGCGGCGAUCCUCAGCUCCCGUUUCAUGCAGGACACCUCGCUGGACGUGGAACACAGGUUGUCACGGCAACCGGUUGUCUUUACUUCAGGGGCAGACAGGGUCGAGGGGGAUAUGGGUAGUUCAGCAUCACUAGGAUUUGAGGAGGUGGCGCCCCCUGGCUGUGGUUUCUGCCACAUACCAUAUGAUGAGUUGAAUAUACCGUUUCCGGCUCAACUCACCUAUUGCUACUGUUGUCGCCGCAACAAGGUGCCUGACGUCCUCUUCACCACGAUCGACUUGCCCACCGAAGCCAAUGUCACUGGAAAGGGCUGCCUGAUUCAGGCCAGGUUGUGUCGGACUAAAAAGAAAGGCCAGGGAGAGGGGAACGCCACAGCUAUCAGCAAUCUGCUGCCCUUUCUGGAGUACGAGCUCCACACACAGCUGAUGAACAAGCUGAAGCUACGUGGCAUGAACGCUCUGUUUGGUCUGCGCAUCCAGAUCAGCGUGGGAGAGACCAUGCUGCUGGGACUGGCGUCUGCCACGGGAGUCUAUCUAACAGCGUUACCCAGUCCUGGAGGAAUCCAAGUAGCGGGAAAAACUCCCAGUGACAUCACAUAUGAACAGCACAUCUCCAAUAUGCAGAAGAAAAUAAAUGACACAAUAGCGAAAAACAAAGAACUAUUUGAUGUCAACCAACCUGAGGUUGUUGAAGAAAUAAUUGGUUCACCAAUCCCUGAACCCCGUCAGAGGUCCCGUCUCUUCCGCUCUCACUCAGAGAGUUCAGACGAUGUGUCAGAACUGGACUUGUCUCAUGGGAAAAAGGACACUUUCGUACUGGAGAUUGAUGACACGGAUGCUGUGGAAGAUAUACACGCACUUUUGACUGAUUCUCCCACCCCAAAAGGAUUUUACAGCUGUAACACUGAAAUCAUGCCUGGAAUUCAAAACUGGACUUCAGCUAUACAGAUGUUUACCUCUGUGAGGGUUUUCCGCCUCAACAAUGCCAAUCUGACCAAUCAGGGUCUGAACAAGAUUUUCACCGACCUCUGUGAGAACCUGCUUAAGAGUUUCUACUUUAAGCUGCGGUCGAUGACCCCCUGCUGUCUUUGUCACCUGAACUUCACUGUGGCUAUACCUGAAGAUGAACUCAUACAGUUGGCGGUGACCGCUGUGGCGAUGAGCUUCGACAAAGAUCAGGCUCUGGAGAAUGGCAGGCACGGUGGGGAAAAGACACAGAUAAAGGCGAUACACGAAAAUGACGAGCAGCUUCAAUUCAAUCUGGAGCUCAAUCCUGACUCCACCAAAGGUCUAGCAGAUGUCUCCGGCAGCCACCCAUCAGCCAAAGACAGAUGCAGUUCCUGGAUAGAGCAGCUUAGACUGAAAGCUCACACCAUGAGACGCGGAUCAAUUAAAACAACAUCAUCUAUGGACAAGAACAGCCCGUUGCCGGAGGGGCGCUCUCGUUCGCUGCGCUCGAAUCGUUCCUACUCUGGCGGAUCUGUCGCUGUGGUGAAAAUGACUCCGCUGUCGUUCAUUCCUGGAGCAAAGAUCAUCAAAUACCUCGGCAUCAUCAACAUGUUCUUCAUCAGAGAGACCACCUCACUUCGAGAGGAGGGAGGUGUGAGUGGGUUUCUCCAUACGUUCAUAGCUGAAGUAUUCGCAAUGGUUCGCGCCCACGUCGCUGCUCUCGGAGGAAACGCUGUAGUUUCUUACAACAUGAAAGAGUGUGUGUUUAUGGAGAACCCUAACAAGAACCAGGCGCAGUGUCUCAUCAACGUCAGCGGGGACGCUGUUAUCUUUGUUCAGGAAUCUGAACUCGAGGCGAAUUCUGUACAAUCACAGUCGGCUACCACACAGACCUCCAAUGGUGGGGAAGGAACGUGAAGUCUCAAAAACACAAACUCUUCCGUGCACUAGUCAUAACCUGAACCCUGCCAUCUUAAGCAGUUUCAUGUUAAAACUGCUGUACCGAAUCAAGUUUCCAAACAUGAGCAAUAAUCUAGAUGUUUAAAAUCUUUUUAAAUGCUAGACUUUUUUGGGACAUGUUAUAUUUAACCCCUUCAAAUGAUAAAAUAAAGUGAGAUUUUAUUUUCAAAUAACCAUUUUAAAUCCCCCCUAACAGAAGCCUUUCAGAAAGGACGUCAUUUUAUAUUUGUUGGUCACAUUCCAAUUUGCCCGUGUGCGGUUGAGGCAGUUUAGCAAUCCAAAAGGUUUAUAAAAUGCAGUUGCAUUCAUGAAGAGCAUGUAAACGUGUCAACAUCUCUCUAAUUAAUUGUGUUUUUGUAAAGGUAUGAACUACUGAUGCACUCGUACAAACAUCCAGUACCCGCCAUACUGGUUUCAAGUUGGACCUGUCACGUCCUACUGAUCUCUAAAAAUCAUGUCAAGUGCUGGAAAUGUUUGUUUGCGUUCGUGUGCCACAACAUUUGUUUUUUUCAGUCGAAAUGUUUGAAUCAGACUUGUCCAUUUUUUGCAUGGGAAAUGCCAGUUAAUUAUUAAAAGAAGAAGAUGUCUUUUAUUGUUCGUCAUGAACUGCUCAUGGGACACUUGAAUGUACAGAUGACAUAUAUAGAGAGCAGACUAACGUCUGGAUCUGGUGGACAUCUUGUUGAAUCCUCUGUUCAUGUGCGGACUGAGGUUUAUUGCUGUUAUUUUGUAAAUGCGUUUGCCUGGGGACAAAUCAAACGUGUACACUGAGAAGAUAUAAAGGAAUAAAAUUCUUAUGGCUCUGG